AUGAGGUAUUAUACCAGCAGGGUCACACAUGUUUCAUCAGUCCCAGCAGCAGCUGCAACAGCUGCAGCUGCUGCAGCAACAGCAGCAGCUGCUGCAGCAACAGCAGCAGCUGCUGCAGCAACAGCAGCAGCCGCUGCGGCAGCCGCAGCAGCUCUAGCAGAAGCAAGAGCAAUAGAGCUACCCGGAACAACAGCAGCGGCAGUAACAGCAGCAACAGGCGCACUGGCAGCAACAACAGCUGCUACGGUAGCAGUAGCAGCAGCAACAGCAGCAGCAGUAGCACUGGCAGCAGCAAGGGCAGCAGUGGGAGCAGCAGCAACAGCGGCAGCAGCAGCAUUAGCAGCAGCAACAGCAGCUGCGUACCCCUCUUCUUUUGCUGCAGUUUUUCUUGGAGAGAAUGUCCGCUAG